UGGAGCCGGCCGCCGCGAGAGUGCCCCAAGCCCGUGGAGUCGCCGCGCCCCGCAGCCGCCCCGGCUGGUCCCCCGCCUUGAGUGUGGGUCCCGCGGGAAUGGGGAGUCGCCGGGGCCCGGGCCAGUCGCGGGCCGGCCUCUGCCUGCUCCUGGCCUCUCUGCAGCUUCUCCCCCGGACGCAGGCCGACCCCGUGGAUGUGCUGAAGGCUCUGGGCGUGCGGGGGGGCCAGACUGGGCUCCCCGAGGGUCCCGGCCUCUGCCCCCAGAGGGUCCCGCAGGGCGACCGGGCAUUCGGGGUGGGCAAGGCCAGCAUGCUCGCUGUCCCCACGUGGGAGCUCUUUCAAGCCGGGCACUUUCCUGAGAACUUCUCUGUGCUGAUCACUCUGCGGGGCCGGCCAGCCAACCGGUCUGUCCUCCUAUCCGUCUACAAUGAGGGCGGUGUCCGGCAGCUGGGCCUGGCGUUGGGGCCGGCUCUGGAGCUCCUAGGUGACUCCUUCAGCCCCCUCCCCCAGCAGGUCAACCUCACGGAUGGCAGGUGGCACCGUGUGGCGGUCAGUGUGGAUGGUGGGAUGGUGACCCUGGUGUCUGACUGUGAAGCUCAGCCCCCCGUAUUGAGCCAGGGACCUCGAUUCAUCAGCACAGCUGGACUGACUGUGCUGGGGACCCAGGACCUCGGGGAGGAGACUUUUGAGGGAGAUAUUCAGGAGCUGCUGAUAAGCUCAGAUCCUCAGGCUGCCUUCCGAGCCUGUGAGCAGUACCUUCCUGGCUGUGACGAUCCUACAGCCACAGGGGUACCCCAGGGGGAGCCAGAAACCCCUCCCCCUCGGCGGAAGGGGAAGGGAAAAGGGAAGAAAAAAGGGCGAGGUCGUAAGGGCAAGGGCAGGAAGAAGAAGAACAAGGAAAUUUUGGCCCUGAGUCCACCUCCUGUCUCCCUGGAGAACCAGACCUCCACUGACAUCCCCAAGACAGAGACACCAGCUCCAACUCUGCCUCCGACUCCUACGCCUUUGGUCAUCACCACAACUGUGGCCAUUGGCAGCAACGCCACCGUCCUAGAGGAGGGCUUGGACCCUGACAACGGAACUGAACUGGGGACCUUGGAGACUGAGUUAGCCAGAGAAGAAGAAGGUGGUCCCACCAUGGGCCCCCGCUUCCGGGCAGCAGAACAGUCAUGGAGGACUGAGUUCCAGAUCUUUCCUGGUGCUGGGGAGAAGGGAGAAAAAGGAGAACCGGCCGUGAUUGAACAGGGACAGCAGUUUGAGGGACUUCCAGGAGGCCCAGGACCCCAAGGGGUGGUUGGCCCCUCAGGCCCUCCUGGCCCCCCAGGAUUCCCUGGGGACCCUGGUCUACCGGGCCCCGCUGGCCUCCCAGGAAUCCCUGGCAUUGAUGGGAUCCGGGGUCUACCAGGCACUGUGAUCAUGAUACCGUUCCAGUUUGCAAGAGGCUCCCUCAAAGGACCCCCAGUCUCCUUCCAGCAGGCCCAGGCUCAGGCAGUCCUGCAACAGGCUCAGCUCUCUAUGAAAGGCCCCCCUGGCCUGGUGGGGCUCACUGGGCGCCCAGGCCCCGUGGGUCUCCCUGGGUAUCCAGGUCUGAAAGGAGAGAUGGGAGAAAUGGGGCCACAGGGCCCCCGAGGACUUCAGGGACCUCUUGGUCCCCCUGGCAGAGAGGGAAAGAUGGGCCGCCCUGGAGCAGAUGGGGCUCGAGGCCUCCCAGGGGACACAGGACCUAAGGGUGAUCAGGGCUUUGAUGGCUUGCCAGGGCUGCCUGGAGAGAAGGGCCAGAGGGGUGACUUUGGUCAUGUGGGGCAACCUGGCCCCCCAGGAGAGGAUGGUGAGAAGGGGGGAGAGGGACCUCCGGGGCCCACCGGCCAGCCUGGGGAGCCGGGCCCCCGAGGACUGAUUGGCCCUAGAGGCUCCCCUGGCCCCCUGGGACGCCCGGGUGUAGCUGGAAGUGAUGGUGCUACAGGGGCCAAAGGAAAUGUGGGUCCUCCAGGAGAACCAGGCCCCCCAGGACAGCAGGGAAAUCCCGGGUCCCAGGGAAUCCCCGGCCCCCAGGGACCCAUUGGCACUCCUGGGGAGAAGGGUCCCCCUGGGAACCCAGGAAUUCCAGGCCUCCCAGGAUCUGACGGCCCUCUGGGUCACCCAGGUCAUGAGGGCCCAACAGGAGAGAAAGGGGCCCAGGGUCCAGCAGGGUCGGCAGGCCCUCCGGGCUAUCCUGGACCUCGGGGUGUGAAGGGUACCUCUGGCAACCGGGGCCUCCAGGGGGAGAAAGGAGAGAAGGGAGAGGAUGGCUUCCCAGGCUUCAAGGGUGAUGUGGGGCUUAAAGGCGAUUGGGGGCAACCCGGCCCCCCAGGUCCUCGGGGAGAGGAUGGUCCUGAAGGGCUGAAGGGGCAGGUGGGGCCUGCUGGUGAGGAGGGGCCCCCAGGCUCAGCUGGGGAGAAGGGCAAGCUUGGGGUGCCGGGUCUCCCAGGUUACCCAGGACGUCCAGGCCCUAAGGGAUCGAUUGGCUUUCCUGGGCCCCUGGCACCAUUAGGAGAAAAAGGGAAGCGGGGGAAGGCUGGGCAGCCAGGCCUGGAAGGAGAGCGGGGACCACCAGGCUCCCGUGGAGAGAGGGGGCAACCAGGUGCCACAGGGCAACCAGGCCCCAAGGGUGAUGUGGGCCAGGACGGAGCCCCUGGGUUCCCUGGAGAAAAGGGCUUCCCAGGUCUGCAAGGCCCUCCUGGGUUCUCUGGACCAAGGGGUCCCCCUGGCCCCCAGGGGAAAGACGGGCAACCUGGACACCCUGGACACAGAGGAGAAUUGGGCUUCCAAGGUCAGACAGGCCCACCUGGACCAGCUGGUGUCGUGGGUCCUCAGGGAAAGACGGGAGAAGCAGGGCCUCUGGGUGAGAGGGGGCCCCCAGGCCCCCCUGGAUCUCCUGGUGAACAAGGUCUUCCGGGCCUGGAAGGCAAAGAGGGGGCCAAGGGGGACCUGGGACCACUGGGACCCUUUGGGAAGGAAGGGCCACCUGGACGCAGGGGCUUCCCUGGUCCCCAAGGAGCCCCCGGGGACCCAGGACCUACUGGUUUGAAGGGUGACAAGGGCCCCCCCGGCCCCGUCGGGGCUAACGGCUCCCCUGGGGAGCGCGGUCCUGUAGGCCCGGCAGGGGGCAUUGGGCUUCCUGGCCAAAGUGGAGGCCAAGGCCCUGUUGGCCCUGCAGGCGAGAAGGGGUCCCCGGGUGAACGCGGCCCCCCUGGUCCCACUGGCAAAGACGGGAUCCCAGGGCCCCUGGGGCUUCCUGGAUCCCCUGGAGCUCUGGGGCCUUCUGGCGAGGAAGGGGACAAGGGAGAAGUGGGAGCCCCGGGUCACAAGGGCAGCAAAGGCGAUAAGGGGGAUGCGGGCCCACCUGGACCAACAGGGAUACGGGGUCUUGUGGGGCACCCAGGCUCCCCGGGGGCAGAUGGGGCUCAGGGACACCGGGGACCUCCAGGCCUCUUUGGGCACAAAGGAGAUGAUGGAGUGAGAGGCUUCAUGGGGGUGAUUGGCCCCCCUGGCCUGCAGGGGAUGCCAGGCCCUCCUGGAGAAAAGGGGGAAGUUGGAGAUGUAGGGUCCAUGGGUCCCCAUGGAGCUCCAGGCCCUCGGGGUCCCCAGGGCCCCAGCAGAUCAGAGGGUCCUCCAGGGCUGCCUGGGGGAGUUGGUCAGCCUGGAGCAGUGGGCGAGAAGGGUGAGCCAGGGGAGCCUGGAGACCCGGGACGCCCAGGAACCCCAGGCAUCCCUGGGCCCAAGGGAGAAAUUGGUGAAAAGGGGGACGCAGGCCCAUCUGGGGCAGCUGGACCCCCGGGCAAGAAAGGCCCCCCCGGAGAGGAUGGAGCAAAAGGGAACGUGGGCCCCACAGGGCUCCCAGGAGACCUAGGCCCCCCCGGAGACCCUGGGGUUUCGGGUCGAGACGGCCCCCCAGGGGAGAAGGGAGACCCUGGAGAUGUGGGUGGACUGGGUCCACCUGGUGCUUCUGGGGAACCCGGUCCCUCUGGGCCCCCUGGCAAAAGGGGUCCUUCUGGUCGCACGGGUCGAGAAGGCAGAGAAGGGGAGAAAGGUACCAAGGGGGAACCAGGUCCUGACGGGCCCCCAGGGAGGACAGGCCCAGUGGGGACUCGAGGGCCCCCUGGGCGUGUCGGGCCUGAGGGUCUUCGAGGGAUCCCCGGCCCUGUGGGUGAACCAGGCCUCCUGGGACCUCCUGGACAGCUGGGCCCUCCUGGCCCCCUGGGUCCGUAUGCGGAGCUGCACGGGCUGCGCCGGCGCCGGCGCUCGGUCCCGGGCCUGGGAGUCCCGGAGGGCGGCCUGGAGGAGGUGCUGGCCUCGAUCACGUCGCUGAGCUUCGAGCUGGAGCAGCUGCGACGCCCUCCGGGCACGGCUGAGAGCCCGGGCCUCGUGUGCGGCGAGUUGCACCGUAACCACCCGCAUUUGCCCGACGGGGAAUACUGGAUUGACCCCAAUCAGGGCUGUGCGCGGGAUGCACUCAGGGUUUUCUGCAACUUCACGGCGGGAGGAGAGACCUGCCUUUACCCAGACAAGAAGUUUGAGACCGUGAAACUGGCCUCCUGGUCCAGAGAAAAGCUGGGAAGCUGGUAUAGCACAUUCCGUCGAGGGAAGAAGUUCUCCUACGUGGAUGCUGAUGGGGCACCGGUGAGUGUGGUACAGUUGACCUUCCUGAAGUUGCUGAGUGCUACAGCCCGCCAGAGCUUCACAUACUCCUGCCAGAACUCGGCCGCCUGGCUGGAUGAAGCUGCAGGAGACCAUGGCCGCUCUGUCAGUUUCCUUGGGACCAACGGGGAGGAGCUGUCCUUCAACCAGACGGCAGCAGCCACCAUCACUGUCCCCUACGAUGGCUGCAGGCUCCGGAAGGGACAGACGAAGACCCUCUUCCAGUUUAGCUCUUCCCGAGUGGGAUUUCUGCCCUUAUGGGACGUGGCGUCCGCUGACUUUGGCCAGACGAACCAGAAGUUUGGGUUUGAACUGGGCCCCGUCUGCUUUAGCAGCUGAGAGCUUCACGGGUGGGAGGGGCAAUGAGGGAGUCCCAGAUGGGGCGCGUUUGGUGCUGAGGCUUUGAAGCCAUCAUAUUUAUCGUCUCCUGGGACUGUGGAGCCAGGGGAGAGUCUGCUCAUCACGGUCAAACAGUAUUCCUUCUCCAUUCCGGGGGUCUGGAGGCUGGACUCCCCUGGCCCAUGAGUCCAGUUUCCCUGCACUUCACCCCAGCUGGCAUAACUGACCCCUUCAUGCUCACCCGCUGCUCAACUCCCUCCCCCGACCCCCAUGCAGUGAACUUCUAACUCAGAGCUGAUGAAUGCCCCCCGAUGCCGGCCUCCCACCCCUCAGUCCGUGGUCUCAACACCCUUUGGUGCUACCUUCCCCAUAGUUAAGCACUGGAUGUCUCCUGAUCCCAGGCUGGGACCCCUUCACUCAUCCCUAUUUUCAGGUGGAUUCACAGUGAAGGGACUGAAGUCAGACUACAGAGGGAAGUGGGGCUUCCCUGGACUGAGCUGUGAGCUCCUGCUGCCUCGGCCCAGCUCUGAAUACUGCUUCCCCCCAUAUCUCCCCAAAUGCACCUUGCCGUGCCAGAUGGUUUGAGGACCAAGAUGGUGGGGGGUAAAUCAGGGUCCUAAUGGUGCUGCCCUAUUUAUACCUGGGUCUGUAUUAAAAGGGAAAACCCCCUCUGUUGUAUAUUUAAUCUGCUUCCUCCUUAGGGAAGGCUGGGAUAUGAUGAGAGAGAUUCUAGCAUGAUCCCCAUAUGCCCUCGCCCACCCCACCCCCCCGCCCCAGGCCAUAGGGCAUAAUUGGCAUCUCAAGUCUGAGAAUAAACCAGUGA